UGUCACAUUCCAACAUGGCCGCUACUGUCUCCAGCGAACAUUUCACCAAUUUACAGCUUCUCUUGAAGGCUCCGUCUAAAGAUGCUGUGAGAGACGUUUGUGUUCAGAGUCACGGAGGUCCAAGCCGCCAGCUGGCAGAGGCCACAGCAGCCACAUUCAGCAUCCCUGCAGCUCAGGCUGCACAGCUGAUCCAGUCACUCCACGUUCUGUCUCAUCACGUCCUCUUCUACAACCUCAGCUCUCCGGAGCAGAUCCUGGAUCUCUUCCCCGACUCCUUUCACUCCAGUCUGAAGAACCUGAUCACCAAGAUCCUGUUGGAGAACAGUCCAACAUGGAGGACAGAAGCCGUCAGUAAUCAGAUCUCCCUCCCCCAGCUGAAGGAGUUGGACUGGAGAGUGGACAUGGUGACCGGCUCAGACUCGAUCAGCCGUAUGUCUGUCCCGACCUGCCUGCUUCAGCUCAAGAUGGACGAUCCGUCAGUGGGCGAUGAGCCGGUUUCCGUGGUGACGGUGGAGCUGAGCAGAGAGUCUCUGGACACCAUACUGGACGGACUGGGACGCAUUAGAGACCAGCUGUCUGUGGUCGCCGGGAAAUAAGGACUCCAACCUGCGGAGACAGCCGAUUGGUUUGUCGGUAUGGUGACAUCACGGCCCCGUCAGCGGACAUUUUUACAGACUGAUGCUGAUGUUUGGAGCGACGCUGCCUCGCUCAUAUUUUGUACCGCUUCGUGUUUCAGCGGUUUCGUGUCACAUGGUGUUGUUUUCUCCUGGAAGGUUUGUUUGAUUUCUAAACCCUGAACUAACAAGUUCAUUAAUAAGUCAUUAGAUUGAUUGAUAACUGAUUUAUCAUUUCAGUCAGCUGCUCAAGUGACAGAAUAUUUGAUAAAAGUCUUUGCAGUUCUUUGGUUGGUAUUAUUUUCUUUGUGAUGUUUUUGGCUGCAGAUCAGAUGACGGACAUUUGUCUUUAUUCAGACGUUUUAUACAUUGAAUAAUUGAUGAUGAGAAUAUUUUAAGCAUGAAUAUCAAAAUAACUAAAGUGUCAUAAAUAUUAAUGUCAGACUGCAGAUAUGUGGAAGAUCAUUUUUUCACAUCCACUAAUAUGAAAAUACAUUUCUUUAAACACUUUGAGCCUCAUUUAACAAAGUGAAUAUUUUUCUCAUCUUAUUCUCAUAAAUUCAAGAUUGCAGGUCAAACAAUACGCUGAUAUGAAGCAAUUGACCAAAAGUACUAAUACCACACUGUAAAAAUACUCUGUUACAAGAAAAAGUCCUGCGCUACCAAAGUAAAAGUAUGUAGUUGAAUUGGUAAAAAGUACUUGAAGUAUUAAACUUGACUGUUCUGCUGAUCUGAUCUCAUCAGAUUAUUGUGACUCAGUCGUUCAUGUCAAAGCAGGAUUUUACUGUUGGAGCUUUUUUCUUCAGUUUUGUAUCAAACUGCAGUGAUUAACAGCAGCAGCGUCACAUUUGAGAAACAAUGGACUGAAGGUUUCAGCUGUUUCUGUCUGAAAGUCUUCAGGUGUUUCAUGUGUCACAUGACUAAAGCUGUCCGAUCAGUGUGGUGCAGUAAAAUGUUUAAUAUUUCCCUCUGAGAUGUGGUGGAGGAGAAGGAAGCAGCACCAAAAGAAAAUACUCAAGUGAAGUACAAGUACCUCUGCUUUGUUCCUCAGUAAAUGUACUUAGUUACAUUUGAGUGCUGUUAAAAGUAAAGUCAGUCUCUUACUGUUUGAACCUUUUCACAGACAGUUCUGUGGCGUUCGGUGUCCAGUGGAGAUAUCUGUGCUGUGAUGAUGAAUGAAUGAAUAUUAUGAACACUUGUUAGGAGGGCAGAGAGGAAACAGACACACUGAUAAACGGACACAUUAUCACCUGAGCAGACAGUAGUAACGCCCGUGCAGGUGUGAAAAUGUGGCUCGUUACUAAGCAGCUGCAUCCUGACGACUUUCAAGCUGCA